UUAAAGUCGACGUGAAGUUCUGCAGCAUACGAUGUUGUCCGGUGUUGUGGUGUCAUUCAAAUCUCUGUAUUACACAACUCUAUAAUGUCUGCUAUUUUAGUGACGGCUUUGAUAUUUGUGAGUGGCAUCUUAACCAAUGGACUUGACAUUUCAUUGGAAAGAGAAUACUAUAUAGAGGGUAGAGAUUUAUUCUGUGCCAAGUUACAUUGUGUGGAGAACACAAGAGAAGAUAAUGAAAUCUCAGCUCUUGUCAACAUGUCAGUCUAUAGGAUCAGUGAAUUAGAGGGGAAGAUUGUGUUGGCGUCUGUAUCAGAAUCAGAUUCAAGAGUUCGAGAUUAUAAAGCAACUGGAUCAAAAAACGAUGGAAAGUUUUCAAGGGUGUUUGGAGAGUUGACAGUGUCAUUUACAAAACCUUCUGAUUGUUUUAGUACAGUGUUUGUAUGUGAUGUGUAUUACACAAAUAGAAGGGGUCUCAUUGAGAAGAAAGAGAACAAAACCAAACCUGUUGACCAAGACAAUCGUAAGCCGCUGAUGUUGAUGACCUUAGAGGCUAAAACUCCAGAGUUUGAUGAAACAAUUGAUAAAAUGUCAGAGUUUCUAAAAACAUUUAAAUAUUCUGAUAAGUUAAACAGUGCUGACUUGAAGAUGAAUUUACAGUUUUUAACAGAUGACAGACGUUCUAACCAAACUGUAGAUCUAAUACAUCAUGGGAGAGAGUUAUCUUUAGAUCAGAGAGUUGACACUUUAGUUAACCUAACCAAUGUACUGGAAAGUAGACUUAACAGCCUAUUAGUUGAUGAUUUGUCUAAAAUUCAGAAACUUGAAAACAAAAUUAUCAACAUAACGAAUGCGUACAAUGAAGUUGUUAACAGAGUGGAUAAAACUAAUCAAGACCUGACACACUUUAAAUACAACGUAACUGAAAAUUUUCUCAAAACAACUCAACAGAUAGAAGCAAACAAUAACACACUUGAAAAACAAAGUAGGUCGGUACACAAUGUAUCAAGUCUAUACAAUUUUUUACACAAACAACUGGAGAAACUGAACUACAGUGUUGCUAAUGUAUCAUUCGCUAUUCAGAAUUUGUCUCAAAAGUCAAAUCACAGUGAAGUUCUAGCUAAAACAAUGCAUGAUUUCAAGUUAGAUUUAUUAAAUGUGACUAAGGAAAUGAUAAAAAAUAGCACAGCGAGAGCCGAACAUGGUCAAAACCUACGCAUUCAGCAACUGGAGGAAAACAAUAAAAUGUAUUCAGAAGCACAGGCAAGGAAACUUAAUGAUUUAAUGACAACUGUAUCUCAAUUAAACAAUACAGACAUUCAUUUUAACGCCAGUAUGGAGAAGAUUGAAAGCGUAAUGCAAAAUCUGAUGAAUGAAUCAGAUCAAUAUAAUGUCCUCAUUAGUGGACUACGUGAACAGGUACUUUAA